GCCGACAUUCUAAGCUGUGCGCGUGAUAACAACAACCGACGUUAUCAAUUUUUUUCRGACGACGUUGCGUUUUCAGCGGAAUUCCAUAGCAAUAUAGCAUCCACGCACUGGAAUACUGGAUCGAGUGGACCGGYACUUGGGCUUGUUGCUUUUUUCGCAGUUGUCUGGGCCUUCGUCCUAAUCGUUUGUUGUAAACCGUUUGGAAAUGAAUUCAGCGUCGAUCGUAUGGUUCCUGGGACUCUGUUCCACGUACGUUUCGGCAUUCUACUUGCCUGGCUUGGCACCCGUGAACUAUUGCAAGGAAUCGGCUCCAUCAUGCACGGUAAAUAUUUUUCCCCGUAACCAUUGUUUCUGUUCAACUAUUUAUUUUCAGCUGAAAAUCAGUAGACUUCCAGUAUCAUUUUUGAAUAAUGAGGAUUGUAAAGUACUUUGUACUAAACGUUAUAUCCCUAAAGACUCAAUUAGCAAUAUGAAACUCUUUGUACUAAAGCGAGGAAUGAGCUUAAAUUACCAGCAUCAUUUUAUCGUUGAUAAUAUGCCAGUCACUUGGUGCUAUGAUUUAGAAGAUGGCCAGCAAUAUUGUAGUACAGGAUUUCCAAUGGGUUGUUAUAAGCCAGCCAACCAUGAUAAUAAUUUGUGCGCGACUAUUCUGAGAGUUGUUCCACAAGCAUUGAAGCCAAAUACUUAUUAUAUUUUUAAUCAUUUAGAAUUUACUAUUACUUACCACAGUGGAAAGCAUGAAGAAUGGGGAUCAUCUUUCAGUUCGGAGGGUGGCAGAAUCAUAGCUGUUAAAGUGAGGCCAAAAAGUAUACAACAUAAGUUUCCAGUCACUAAUUGUAACACAGGAUUUAUGGAGAUCCCGGCUGAUAAAAUAAAUACUCCAUUGAAUAUAACAUAUUCCUACUCUAUUCAAUUUGAGAUGAACAACACCGUAAAAUGGUCUUCACGUUGGGAUUAUAUUUUGGAUUCUGUUCCACCUACCAAUAUUCAAUGGUUCAGCAUUUUAAAUUCUUUAAUGAUAGUAAUUUUCUUAUCUGGGAUGGUAGCAAUGAUUAUAUUGCGUACAUUGCAUAAAGAUAUUGCAAGAUAUAAUCAGAUUGAUGCUGGUGAUGACAUUAAGGAAGAAUUUGGUUGGAAACUAGUUCAUGGAGAUGUCUUUCGUCCUCCAAGAAGAGGAAUGUUGCUUGCAGUUUUUGUUGGCUCUGGAGUACAAGUUUUGUGUAUGACUGUUGUAACACUCGCAUUUGCAUGUUUGGGUUUUCUAUCACCAGCCAAUCGAGGUUCACUUAUGACUUGUUCUCUAAUAUUAUUUGUAUGCCUUGGGACACCGGCUGGUUAUGUAUCAUCAAGAAUUUAUAAGAGUUUUGGUGGUGAGAAGUGGAAGACAAAUAUAAUAUUGACUUCAAUGUUUUGCCCUGGAGUGGUCUUCUGUUUGUUUUUCAUAAUGAAUUUGGUUCUUUGGGCCAAAGAAAGUUCUGCUGCUAUACCAUUUUCUACAUUAUUUGUUUUGUUAGUAUUAUGGUUUUGUGUAUCUGUACCACUCACAUUUGUUGGUGCAUUAUUUGGMUUCCGUAAACGACCAAUAGAACAUCCUGUAAGAACA